AUGGCGCCUCUUCUACUACGGUUGCCAGGAGAGCUGCACAAUACCAUACGUGCUCUUCUAAGCGCUGUUGAUAUCAAGAAUCUCCGCGCAACCUGCUCUACCUUGGCGAAAACAUUCCCUCUUCGUUUCGACCGCGUUUUCAUUUCCGCCAAUUCCCUCAAUAUUGAGGUUUUCCUCGCUAUCGCCAAUAACGAAAUAUUUCGCCACCAAGUCACUGAAAUCAUCUGGGAUGAUGCACGCUUCCGCACUGGACCAAACGUAGAAGAAGAAGAACGACAGGGUAGGGAACCCGAAGAUUUUACUGAGUAUGAGUGUCCACGCUGGUUCCAGAAGGGGUGUUGCGAUUACGUUUAUCGUGUACCUGGACGUCGCGUGUGUCUGAAAGAGUUAUGGGCACAUUAUCAAGCACUGGUGAACGACCAAAUACAAGUUGUUUCUUCCAAUGCCGACAUUGAAGCUUUCAACUAUGGCCUUAGACGUUUUACCUCGUUGAAGCGAGUCACCAUCACACCUUCAGCUCAUGGAAGGCCCCGGAGCCCGCUCUACAGAACACCCAUGAUCCGAGCCUUCCCUGCCGAAUUCGACUACCCUCAAUCCUGA